CUUUCCUUUUUUUUUUUUUUUUAUCAUAUUGAUUCGCUCUUAUGACUAUCGACGAAUUUGACCCCGAUGACUUAUUAGUGGAAAUUAACCGCAAACUAGCAAAUGUUUCUAUUCAAUCUGCCAACUUGACAGAUACUGUCCAUAAAAACGCGUUAUCUUCUUUACGAUAUUAUCUACAUUCUGACAAUAUAGAAACUUGUUUUGUUGGUGCACAUAAUCUACGCAAGUAUUUAACCCAAGCAACAGAGCCAGGUCAUGUUGAUGAUCUAUUGGAAUUGGAUAUACUGCCUCGAAUUAAACAACUGUUAUCUUAUCAUGAACAUUCGGAACUACAAUUUGAAUGCGCAUGGAUCGUUACUAAUAUAGCCGCUGGUACAUCGGAACAUACAAAUGCACUAGUAGAAGCUGAUUUUAUUGGAGCACUCUUGGAAAUCCUUUAUUCCAAAAUUAGUACCACUACUUCAAAAGCACAGGCUGCUUGGGCUCUUUCUAAUUUUGCAGGAGAAUCGCCAGCUUUACGUGAAUUGCUUUUGACAAAUAGUGCUAUUGGUGCGGUGGCAAAUGUUCUGGAUAGUGUUUGUGAUGAAAUUAUGGAUGAUGCUAUUGAACGAUCUUAUUCAAGUGGAAGAGUUACUAUUCGAGAUCAUGAUUUAUGUAUCGAUGUCAAAGCUUUAACUUGGUCUCUCUCAAAUAUGUGUCGAGGUGGCUUCCGUACUGCUGAUUAUUGGGAUAUGUAUCUUCCUGCAUUUUAUUCCUUAUCUCAAUGUGCUAUAUUUGAUCACAAAGAUAUAUGGAUAGAUUCAUGUUGGGGUUUAUCUCGGAUUCUAUAUAACAUGCAUGAAGUGACAAGUUUUUAUGACGCGGUGCCUAUUUCUCCUCAACUUUGUUCAAGAUUAGCACAACUGCUUACUGAACGAACUAUCUCUAUCAUUGUGCCUGUGUUAAGAUGUAUCAUCAAUAUUACUUCUGGUCCAAAUGAAUAUUCAGCUUUAUUACUCGAUACACCUCUUCUUACAAACCUUGGAACUCUUACUCCUACCAGUAUUCCUAUCCCUAUUCGACGUGAUUCCUUUUUAGUGGUAUCCAAUCUAGCAGCAAGUAAUGAGACUUUGGUGAAUCAAGUCAUCCAAUCUCACGAAAUUAUGGAAUCUGUUGUUGCUCAUGUCCAUGUUCCUGGUCAUACCUAUCAUGAAGAUACUAUCCAAUGGUUCCCAACUGUAUCCAAUGCUUAUUAUAAUUUGGCGGAUGAAUGGAAGAUUACAACUGAGGCACUCUGGGCAUUAAGCAACUUGACAAAUUUGGCUAGUGAUGACUCCAUCUGUACCAUGUUAGCAUCUCAUCCUCAGAUACCAAAAUCACUCUCAGCACUUUUGAAUUAUAUGAAUAUGCCUUUAUCAACUUGCAUCAAAGGAUUGGAUGUGAUCAUCACCAUUAUCGGACGCACCAACAAGAUCGCCUAUACGAGAUUACCAUCUUCAGCACGUUUAACUGACCAAGAAAAUAAGGAUUCACCAUCCAUUCCUUCCUCCAGCAACCCAUACAUCGAACAAUUCAUCAAUCAAGGCUUACCCACUUUACUACCAUGUUUACGCAAAGUGCAUCAGAAAUCGAUGGAACUACAGAAAAGAUGUGUUAUCCUGGCGUCGUUAUUAGAAACUGCCGUGAGUUCAGAUCAAUCAUCCACUUCAGGAGACAAAUCCACAAUAACAACAACGACAACAACAACAACAACAGCAACGACAACAACAUCUUCAUCAUCCUCUGGAUCUACUCCAUCAAGUUCUACAUCGUCCAAUUUGGCAGCUAUGUUUGGCUUAUCACUUCCUCCUUCUUUUAUUACGACCGGAGCCAAUAAACGUCGGGUCUUACGGGGUCAUGAAGAUGGUGAUAUUCGAUUGAUUGAAAAUGCAGUUGGGAAUUUGUCUAUUACUGAAGGCGUUCAAUAGUUAAUAGUUUAUAGUAUUACUUCGUAUCUUUUUAUUUUUUUAUUACUAUUAGUAUUAUUCUUUUUUUUUUUAUUAUUAUUACUAUUAUUAUUAGUCAUACACGAU